UGUCGUCACAAAUGUGAUUACGCCAAAGGGAUUAUGACGUCACAAUAGCGAAAAUUGGAUUUCGGGUAUUGUUUACCGUGCUUUGGCAAAGUCGGUAUGGUGGAAGCAAAGAAAGGUGGAAAAAAGUCGGCGUUGAAAACACCAAGAUUUAAAGCCUUGGUUCAGAAAGCUUCCGGUGUUCCUUCGGGUGAUAUUGAAACAGUCAGUAACGUCAUCGGUAAGUGGAAACUGAAAGCUCAAAAGAGCAACCAAGAUUUACUUGCGCCUGUACAACAACAGAACAAGAACGAACCAAUUAUGAAAAAUCUACAUCUUCUUGAGAUUCAUAAGGAGGAAUUGCAAAAACUUAGGAAAAACGUUUAUAAGCCUCCUCGUCCGAAAGUCCUCAAAGAUGUUCUGGUUCGUCGAGUUAGAGAAAAUAACAAAAAAUGCGUCACGUAUGCGGUUUUAAAACCUGCUAGUGAAGAUUCGAAGGUUCCACUUAAGAAUGUUACUAACUACGCCGGACCAAGAUUUGAUUCAGAAAGGAAAUUCAUAUCACAUAGCAUCCUUGGUAGUCUGACGGAUUUCAAAAUUGAGGCUCAAAAAAGGGGAGAAUUUAAAGAACUCUUUCUAACUACAAGUUCGGAAAACACUACAACAGCGAUGAAACGUAUUGAAAAGCCGUGUUCUUCUUUGAAAUUGUGGAAAGACAGGGUAAGAGUAUGGAAUUCAUUGCACGGAUUCUUGGAGAAGAGAGUGGAGAGGCCCUCUGAGGACUUGUUGAUGAGGACACCGAACGAUUAUCCAGAGAUUGUGAACCAGCGCAGAAUCAUCAACUUAGCCAUGGAAGCAACCACAAGCGGUUAUGGACAAAAAAGAAAAGCUGCAAAUUUUUUCAAGCUUAGUGAAACAAUUUGUGAUGGAGAGUUUCCCGUCUUUUCUACCCUCGAUAAAUCUGUUACAGAGGAUUACACCCCGGUGGAGAUCAGAGGCACUCCACACAUCAUUGACAAAGAAAAGGGAUCUGAUGCCUCCGUCAUCAGACACAGGUAUCCCGCCUACCAUACACCGUAUUUACAGGAGCAAGAACUCAACUUAAAAGAGUAUAUUGACAAACUCGUUCCUUACCUAUCAUUGGUAAAUCUAAAAGACUUGCAAGUUGUCGGAGAAGCUUCUAGUAAGUCGCUUAGUGGAGAAAAUAUUGCACCUGUCGUGUCUCAGGAAACAGUUUCUUUUCAAUCCACUGUCGCUGAUUCCCCACAUAUCUCUCAAAUUUCUGAUGAGAUGAUUGGACCAGCCAUAUUGAUUGAAAACCAGACCUUGAGGUGGACGGGUCAUGGUCUAUCUAAACAGGGUGAGCCUGGUAUUCAAGCUUCAGUUCUGUUUGACGGAUAUCAAAAUGAAAUCCUACACCAAAAUUUACGGAUAGAAAAUGUUGGCAGUACUCGUCUCUUGUAUAAAUGGAAGAGAGCUCCUGCCAGAAUCUCAUAUGACAUACCAAGACAGAAGACUCAGCGCUUCUUUUUCCUGUCCGAGGAGGGGGUAUUGCGUCCUGGAGAAGUUCUGUUGCUUCCAGUUUUGUGUAAAUCCAGUGUAGGAGGAAUCUACUAUGAAACCUGGAAAAUAGAGACCGAUCCCAUCUUAGAUCAAGGAUCUGACAUUGUCAUUAAGUUUAAGGCUGUCAUUCAUAACCGAGAAACACAUAUAAAUAAUUUUGCUAAAAUCGAAGAAAGUUUGUUGCACAACAAGGCAACAACUAUUGUGUCUGAAAUUGUUGAUAAGCUUGUGAAAAGUAUUCGUACUCCAGAACCCAAGCAUUCAUACAUUGAAUAUGUUUCUCCUGAAGAGAAGUUUAUUACUGAAAAUCCAGGGAUUUUGUAUCACAGCUCAACAUUACGCUGCUUAGAAAACUACCAUGCUUUCCUUAUAGAGAACGUUCCUAUUAUUCCAGUACAGUACAGAGAUUUCUCAUUGCAGAAUCUCAGAAGAGCCAUUAUAUUAGUAACAGACAUUGAGGAGGGAGAACUAGAGGACUCAACCCCCUUAAUUGCCGAGAUAGACGAGGAUUGGGAUUACACCAAGAGGAGGCUGUUAUGGCGAUACCUGAGACAGGUGAACAGUCUCUGUUGUAGUUGGCCGGAACCCAUGGCAAAUUUAGACACUGUCAAGCAUAUAGGUUGCUGCAGUAUCUUUGCGUCAGCUUUUGAUCGUUUCAGUGAUCGUUCGGCACAACUGGCCACCUUUUUAAACCUUCCUAUCCGCACUGACGAGGAAGAACCCACUGAGAAACUUGUCAGUAAGAAAAAUAAUAACAAAGGUGGGAAACGGAAAAGCUCUCAGGUUGUUUCCAGGAUAAAGAGAGGAAAAGAGACAAUGUCACCAAGAGGAAAAACUCCUGUGCCGACUCCUUCCACUGUACGUGGAAACCAGAAAUCCUGUACACCGGUACCGGUACCAGACGAAUCAACCGAUGACGUCAUGGAAAGUUUCUGUCCUGUGGCCAAAGGUUGUGUAGAAAUAGAAAAGUAUGAUGGCUAUAAAGACAAACUUUAUCAGCUUAUGUAUGCCGAACUGAGUUCAGCACUUGAUAAAAUGAUGAUUUUGUGCGAAGAAAAGUGAAAGAAAAAGAUUAGAGAUGAAAAUUAAUUUGUAGUAACAUGUCUAGAAACUUGAAGUUUUCUCAGAUUAAGCUAAACAUUUAUUGAAAUACAUUUAUCUCUUACAGAAAGGUAUAAAAUUUUAUUUAAUGUUCAGUGAAGUUUUUUACAAAAGAUUAAUUAAAUAAUGUGGAACUAUU